CUUGCAUAAAACCGCUAGAUAUUUGGUAAAGAUUUGGUGGAAAUUUAUCCUCGCAUUACUCAACGCUAAUCUCACCACCCCCUCCUACACCUUCCGGCGACCGACCCACCACCACUUCCACUCCCGCCGAUAGGCACCACUUCCAUCUUCAUCCUCACUAGCAACCCUCCUUCUUCUUCUUCCUAACCCUAAUUCUAUCAUUGCCCACUACCACCGUCAACCACAACUUCUUCGCGAAACCCUAGCCGCUAAACCCUAGCCACUGUGAGAGAGGGAGAGAAAGAGGCCACCUCUCCUUCCAUCUUCGGCGAUUUUUCCACCGCUACAACCUGGACCGUUGACCACAACUUCUUCGCGAAACCCUAGCUGCCAAACCCUAGCCCCCGUGAGAGAUAGAGAAAUCGAGCGAGAGAGAGAAAGAGAGUCUUUCCAUCUCCAUCUCCAUCCACUUCCCUUUUUCUUCUUUGAUGGAGUUGGGAGCUUGUUCUAGGGUUUUGAACACCAAUCAAGUCUCGUAUUUCAUCCCCACUACCCGAUUCCGACGACUGAGAGACCUCUCAAACUCGUCUCUUCACUCUUCAAAUGCUUCGUUUCACGUUUCCCCAGCGAUUCCUCGCGGAGAUUGUCGUUGCAGAGCCAUCGUCAAAGACGCCAACAACAUCAGUAUCUCCGUGGAAAAGGUAAAGAAGAUGUCUGGAGAAUAUUCUCGAGACUUGGAGCUCUCAAGUUUAACAGCUUUGUCACCUCUGGAUGGUCGUUAUUGGGGUAAAGUCAAGGACUUGGCUCCUUAUAUGAGUGAAUAUGGCCUAAUUCACUUCCGAGUUAUGGUUGAGAUCAGAUGGUUGGUAAAGCUUUCACAGAUUCCCGAAGUUACUGAGGUUCCAAGCUUCAGUGGGGAAGCACAGUCUUAUUUGCAAGGAUUGAUUGAUGGAUUUACCAUAAAUGAUGCCUUGGAAGUUAAGAAUAUAGAGAAAGUGACAAACCAUGACGUGAAAGCAGUGGAAUACUUCUUGAAACAGAAAUGCCAAUCACAUCCAGAGAUUGCGACGGUGCUUGAAUUUUUUCAUUUUGCUUGCACAUCUGAGGACAUCAACAAUCUUGCCCAUGCAUUGAUGCUGAAAGAAGCUUUGAACUCCGUCAUAUUUCCUGUCAUGGAUGAAGUAAUUGAGGCAAUUUGUAACAUGGCUAAAGCUAAUGCUCAUGUUCCCAUGUUGUCUCGCACUCACGGGCAGCCAGCUUCGCCUACCACCCUUGGAAAGGAAAUUGCAAUUUUUGCUGUCAGAUUAAGCAGGGAAAGACGGGAUAUUUCUCAAGUUGAGAUAAUGGGGAAGUUUGCCGGUGCAGUUGGAAAUUACAAUGCACAUCUUGUUGCAUACCCUGAUAUUAAAUGGCCUCAAAUUGCAGAGGAGUUUGUGAAAUCUCUUGGAUUAAGUUUCAAUCCCUAUGUGACUCAGAUCGAAACUCAUGACUAUAUGGCAAAACUUUUCCAUGCAAUUAUCCAGUUUAACAACAUCUUAAUUGAUUUUGAUAGAGACAUGUGGGGCUACGUAUCUUUAGGAUACUUCAAGCAGAUAACUAAGGCUGGUGAGAUUGGGUCCUCAACUAUGCCUCAUAAAGUAAAUCCCAUUGAUUUUGAAAAUAGUGAGGGCAAUCUUGGGAAAGCCAAUGGAGGUCUAUCCCAUUUAAGCAUGAAAUUACCUAUUUCUCGUUGGCAGCGUGACUUAACUGAUUCAACAGUUCUGAGGAACAUGGGUGAAGGAUUAGGACAUUCUCUUCUUGCGUACAGAAGUGCAUUACAAGGAAUAUCAAAGCUGCAGGUUAAUGAAGCUUCUUUGUUUGAAGACUUGAAUGAGUCAUGGGAGGUGCUUGCAGAGCCAAUACAGACUGUGAUGCGAAGAUAUGGCAUCCCAGAGCCUUAUGAGAAGCUGAAAGAGCUAACCAGAGGAAGAGCAGUUACCAGGGAAAGCAUAAGGGAGUUCAUUGAAGGUUUGGAAUUGCCCACUGAAGCAAAGGCCAACCUGUUGGAGUUAACCCCACAUACCUACGUUGGAGCAGCAGUUGAAUUGGCUAGAGCAGUUGAUAUGGCUGUGAAUUCAGUGAACAGACUAGGAUAUUGGACUGAUACUGAGAACAAUUGCAAGUAAUUUACCAGUAAUAUGGAUUUGUUCACCUUCGAAGAUUUACACUGCGUGAUGCCUUUGAGCAACUCUAUAAUUGAGGAAAAUAAUAACUGAACACAAUCAACGCACAUUUUGGAGGAAAACUGAGGGUUGAAUAUUUUGUAACUAAUUUUCAUAGUACAGAUUUGUAUUGUGGUGAUGAUACAUUUGACCCUCGUUCAAGCUUUGCAGGUGAAUUGAAUAUGUGAGAUUGUGUGACUCAAAAAGGAAAGAUUUUUUGGGAUGAGAUGAAAAUUUUAAGAUCAAAACUGUUAAGUGGAA